AUGAGCAAGACCUUCGACGUGAUCAUCGUCGGCGCUGGCAUCUCCGGCAUCAACGCCGCCUAUCGCCUCCAAUCCCAACUCCCGGGCUACAGCUAUGCUAUUCUCGAAGCUCGUGACGAUCUAGGUGGUACCUGGGAUCUCUUCAAGUACCCAGGCAUUCGGUCUGAUUCUGAUCUGUUCACCUUCGGCUUCCAAUUCAACCCCUGGAGUCGCGACAACCCCAUCGCUGAGGGCAAUGAUAUCAAAGAGUAUGUGCGCGACACUGCGAAGAAGUUUGACAUAUACGACAACAUCCACUUCCGCCACCGAUUGAAUGCAGCCAACUUCUCAACAGAGACCAACACCUGGUCGCUGGCCGUCGACGCACAAGGCGAACAAACCUUCACCGCCCGUUACGUCAUUUUCGGCACUGGCUACUACAACUACCACGAGCCAUUGAAGGCCGACAUCCCAGGGCUGGAUGAUUUCCAGGGCCAGAUCAUUCAUCCCCAGUUCUGGCCCGACAAUCUGCAAUACAAGCAGAAGAAGGUCGUCAUCAUUGGGUCCGGCGCAACCGCCGUCACCCUAUUACCAAACCUGGCAGAUGAGGCUGAGCGUGUGACAAUGCUCCAGCGAAGCCCGACCUACAUUCUGUCCUUGCCUAAUCGCACAAACAGCCGCUGGCUCAGCUACAUACUACCGCAUUCACUAUACACACGUGUUCAGCGCUUCAUUUGGAUCUACACCUCCCGCCUCUUCUUCUUGUUCUGUCAGCGGUUCCCGGGCUUCUCGCGUUGGUUGCUGAAAUUGAAUGUCCGCAAGCAAUUGCCCAAUCAUAUUCCCUACGACCCACACUUCAAGCCAAGGUAUAACCCCUGGGACCAGCGACUAUGUGUGUGUCCGGAUGGAGACUUGUUCAAGUCCCUCCGCAAGGGCAAGGCAGAUGUAAAGACCGAUACAAUCAAGCAAGUGACCAAGAACGGCAUCGUCCUGAACUCAGGAGAGAAGCUUGAUGCUGAUAUCAUCAUCACCGCCACCGGGCUGCGAUUGCAGAUGGCCGGUGGAGCCGGUCUAACCGUCGACGGACAGAAGAUCAACGUCGGCCAGAAGUAUCUUUGGAACGGAGUCAUGUUGCAGGAUGUCCCCAAUGCCGCAUUCGUCAUUGGAUACACCAAUGCUUCCUGGACACUUGGUGCCGAUGCUACUGCCCAGUUCGUCUGUCGUUUGCUGAAGAGCCUCGAGUCUCGCAAAUUGAUCGCUGCUACGCCCAGAGUCAAGGAGAAGGAUGCGGCGACUCUUCAGGACCGGAAGUUGCUUAACCUGAACUCCACUUAUGUUUCUAUCGCUGAGAGUGUGUUGCCCAAGGCUGCGGAUCGCGGUCCCUGGCAACCUCGUGAUCAUUACCUGAAGGACAUCAAGUUCGCGACGGGUGGUGAUAUUGAUACCGGGCUGGAGUUCGCACAGGGUCCCAGUCUGCGUCUGCGUCCUAAGAUCGCUUGA